ACCCUUGUGAUGUCAGCAGGCUCUGCAUAUUUGUAAUUUGUGGGGCUCCUUUGUGUGUGGUUGGCUGUGCUGCAGCGUUGCUCUCUCUCGAGGAUUGUGUGCUGCUGGGUCUAUCUGGAGACAAGGGCUGCUUGGAGAGGAAACAAGGAGCCAUGAUGGCAGAUCACUCCUGUGGAAGGCUCCUGCUCCUGGGCUGCCUGCAGCUCCUGAUUUCUGUAACCCUGGCUGAUCACGAUGACUGUAAAGACUCUCAAAAUUGCCCCCCAUCAACUAAUUGGGUCAACUUGUGGUAUGUUUGGCUGAUUCUGGUUACAAUCUUUCUUGUUCUCCUGUGUGGGACCACUGCCAGUUGCAUAAAGUUCUGUUGCUUGAAGAAAAAGCCUCCUGUCCAGGCAAUUCCUACUCACCCUUAUGAAGUAACUGUUAUCGCCAUGGAUAAUGAGAGCACAAUCCACAGCACUGUUACCUCAUACAGCUCUGUGCAGUAUCCACAUAUGUUUGCAUUUGGUGACCCCGAUCGAAGCGCAAUGUCCCCUCCUGCUUACAGUCUUUAUGCCAUGGAAUUACCUCCAGCGUACGAAGAAGCUGUAAAAAUGGCCAAACCCACUGGUGAAGUUGGAACAUCCGUGGCUGUCCCAAAACUUGAAGACAUUACUGAGCAAGAAGGUACUGAGGAAGAGCUCGAUCAUCGUUUGGGGGAGCAAACCAUAUCAAAUGACACUGAAUCACCACCCAACUAUGAGGAGUCUGCAGUUACCCUGAGCUAGUUACAGUUCUAGCUAAGUAUAGAUUCAAGACCUGUUUGUACCAAGCAUUGCAUGCUAUCAACAAGGAUCAUGUUCUGCUACAGUUGCUACAGGUUAAGAUCCAAACAAUGCCUUUGCUAAAUGAUACAUACAAAGCGUGACCUUCCUAGUGGAUAUACUAGUUGGGUGGUUUUGUUGUUGGUUUUUUUUUUUUUGUUUGUUUUUUUUGUCAUGCAGCAGAACCUAUUAAUGCUUUUGUAUACUCCAUGCAGACAUGGUGUCUCUAUGGAAAUUCUGGGCUGACCAACAGCUCUGUCUCAAUCAAAGAAAAUGGGAGGAAUUCUUCAUUAGGUAAAUGAAGAAUCCCUCAUAUUUCCUUUAUUUCCCCCAAAGUUACUGGAACGCCCCUAUGUCUUGCUUUUGUGUCGUUUUAUAGAAUCCUGACAGAUGGGACACUGGAAUAGAUCAGUUGGCUAGGUCUGUCACCUAUGUAGGGGAAGCAGCCUAAACCAAUGCUGACAGUGACCUCCCACAACUCCCGUAUUAUGUGGCUAUCCUCUCUGUUGUGGUUCUUGUGGGAAGUCAGAUUAAUCUGUUUCUGAGACAAUCUUGGAUGAUAUCAGGCUUAAAUAGACACUGUAGGCACCCAGAUCACUUCAGCUCAUUGAAGUGGUCUGGGUGAUGUCCCUCUUGCAUUUAGUGCUGCAAUGUAAAACAUUGCAGUUCCAGAGAACUGCAAUGUUAACAUUGCAGCUCUAAAUCUGCCCUCAGUGGCUGUCUACCAGACAGCCACUAGAGGGCUUCCUGAAUUGAAACAGACCUUUGGUCUGGUAUCUGACGCUGGACGUCCUCGCGCUCUGCAUGAGGACCUCCACUGUCAAAUUUUUUUUUUUCCUCCAGGGAAAUCCUAAUGCGAGCGCCGCAUAUGUGCAUUGGGUCUCCCCGGUGGCUAACCCAGCACCAAGGGACAUCUGCGCUGGAUUCAGGUAACGCAGGAAGGGGUCACUGUAGACACCUAUAGUGCCAGAAAAGCGGCCUUGUGUUCCUGGCACUAUAGAAUUCCUUUAACAUACUAUCGGUCACCUGAAUAUUUGCUGAUAUUCUGCUAGAACAGUGUCUGGAAAAGCCAAGCAUGUUCCAAAAUGUGGCCUCUAAAAUAAAUGUAUCUUUAAUAUCAAUGAUAAACUUGUUUUAGAAAAAUAUAUCUUACUAUUGUCCUUUAGCACUUUUGCAAAGCAUUUUUAAAUUUGAUCAUGGAUUUUUUUUUUUAGUUUUACACUGAUGUAAAAAAGAUCUGCAAUUUAAAUACCACUCCUCUCCCCCCC